AUUACGAUGGGCCGGGACCACAUUCUGAUCAGUCACUUUGUGGCAUGCAUGACAGCCAUCUUAGACCAGAUGGGCGAUCAACACUAUUCCUUCUAUAUUGAGACCUUUCAGACCAGCUCAGACCUUGUGGACUUCCUGAUGGAGACCUUCAUCAUGUUCAAGGACCUCAUUGGGAAGAAUGUGUACCCUGGGGACUGGAUGGCCAUGAGCAUGGUUCAGAACAGAGUCUUCCUGAGAGCUAUUAACAAGUUUGCAGAAACCAUGAACCAGAAGUUUCUAGAGCACACAAGCUUUGAAUUCCAGCUGUGGAACAAUUAUUUUCAUCUGGCAGUGGCUUUUAUCACUCAGGAUUCUCUGCAGCUGGAGCAGUUCACGCAUGCCAAAUACAACAAAAUCCUGAAUAAGUACGGGGACAUGAGACGGCUCAUUGGCUUCUCCAUCCGUGAUAUGUGGUACAAGCUUGGCCAGAACAAAAUCUGCUUCAUCCCAGGCAUGGUGGGCCCUAUAUUAGAGAUGACACUUAUCCCCGAGGCUGAGCUCCGGAAAGCCACCAUACCAAUCUUCUUCGACAUGAUGCUGUGUGAAUAUCAAAGGAAUGGGGAUUUCAAAAAGUUUGAAAAUGAAAUCAUCCUCAAGCUGGAUCAUGAGGUGGAAGGAGGCCGAGGGGAUGAGCAGUAUAUGCAGCUAUUGGAAUCCAUCCUGAUGGAGUGUACAGUGGAGCACCCCACCAUUGCCAAGUCUGUGGAGAGCUUUGUAAGUCUGGUCAAAGGGCUACUGGAGAAGCUGCUGGAUUACCGGGGCGUGAUGACAGACGAGAGCAAAGACAACCGUAUGAGCUGCACUGUGAACCUGCUGAAUUUCUACAAAGAUAACAACCGGGAAGAGAUGUACAUAAGGUACCUUUAUAAACUCCGUGACCUUCAUCUGGACUGUGACAAUUACACAGAGGCCGCCUACACACUGCUUCUACACACCUGGCUUCUCAAGUGGUCAGACGAGCAGUGCGCAUCACAGGUCAUGCAGACAGGCCAGCAGCACCCGCAAACCCACAGGCAGCUGAAGGAGACACUCUAUGAGACCAUAAUAGGCUACUUUGACAAAGGAAAGAUGUGGGAAGAGGCCAUCAGCCUGUGUAAGGAACUGGCCGAACAAUAUGAGAUGGAAAUCUUUGACUAUGAGCUGCUCAGCCAGAACCUGAUUCAGCAGGCAAAAUUCUAUGAAAACAUCAUGAAGAUCCUCAGGCCUAAGCCUGACUACUUUGCUGUUGGCUACUAUGGCCAGGGAUUCCCCUCCUUUCUGCGGAACAAAGUGUUCAUCUACCGAGGGAAGGAGUAUGAGCGAAGAGAAGAUUUCCAAAUGCAGCUGAUGAGCCAGUUUCCUAAUGCAGAGAAGAUGAACACAACUUCUGCCCCCGGAGAUGACGUAAAGAACGCCCCUGGCCAGUAUAUUCAGUGCUUUACUGUGCAGCCUGUCCUGGAUGAACACCCCAGGUUCAAGAACAAGCCGGUGCCUGACCAGAUCAUAAACUUUUACAAGUCCAACUAUGUGCAAAGGUUCAACUACUCCAGGCCCGUGCGCAGGGGCACUGUGGACCCCGAGAAUGAAUUUGCUUCCAUGUGGAUUGAGAGGACCUCCUUCCUGACUGCGUACAAGCUGCCUGGCAUCCUGCGCUGGUUUGAGGUGGUGCACAUGUCCCAGACCACAAUUAGUCCUCUGGAGAAUGCCAUUGAAACCAUGUCCACGGCCAAUGAGAAGAUCCUGAUGAUGAUAAACCAGUACCAGAGUGAUGAGAGCCUGCCCAUCAACCCGCUCUCCAUGCUCCUCAAUGGGAUCGUAGACCCUGCCGUCAUGGGAGGCUUCGCCAAGUAUGAGAAGGCCUUCUUCACUGAAGAGUACAGCAGGGAACACCCAGAGGACCAGGACAAGCUGAGCCGCCUCAAGGACCUGAUUGCAUGGCAGAUCCCAUUCCUGGGAGCUGGGAUUAAGAUCCAUGAGAAAAGGGUGUCUGACAACCUGAGGCCCUUUCAUGACCGGAUGGAGGAGUGCUUCAAGAACCUGAAAGUGAAGGUGGAGAAGGAAUACGGUGUUCGAGAGAUGCCCGACUUCGACGACAGGAGAGUGGGCAGACCCAGGUCCAUGCUGCGCUCCUACAGGCAGAUGUCCAUCAUCUCUCUGGCGUCCAUGAAUUCCGACUGCAGUACCCCCAGCAAGGCCGCCUGUGAGAGCUUUGACCUGGAGUCAGCAAUACCCAAGACACCUAAAGUAGAGGAAGAACCCAUCUCCCCAGGAAGCACUCUGCCCGAGGUCAAGCUGCGGAGGUCCAAGAAGAGGACAAAGAGGAGCAGUGUGGUGUUUGCAGAUGAGAAGGCGGCGGCAGAGUCAGACCUGAAGCGGCUUUCGAGAAAACAUGAAUUCAUGAGUGACACCAACCUCUCAGAGCACGCGGCCAUCCCCCCCAGGAUGUCUGUCCUCUCCCAGAUGAGUUUUGCUAGCCAGUCCAUGCCUACCAUCCCAGCCCUCACACUCUCGGUGGCAGGUGUUCCCGGGUUGGAAGAGGCCAACACAUCUCCCCGCCUGAGCCAGACCUUCCUCCAUCUCUCAGACAGUGACAAGAAGACACUGAAAAGGAAGAAAGUUAAUCAGUUCUUCAAGACAAUGCUGGCCAGUAAAUCUUCUGAAGAAGGCAAGCAGCUCCCAGACUUCCUGUCCACAGACAUGUGAGAUGCUGCUGAGCAGAGCCACAUGGGGCCAGGCAGAAGGGAGAGAGCUCCAGGAGAGGGGCAUGGGCAUGGCCUUGGAACUUUACAAAUUGGGAAACUAUCUCCAUAAGGUUCCUCACAUAGAAGAGACAGAGGAGCCACUUGGGUCCCAGAACUCAAGUGACAACAAGUCCAGUAUCCCCUGGUGCCAUCAAAAAGGAUGGAUGACUCAGGAGAUGAAGAAGCCCCACCAUGGGUCCCCAAACCAGCAGGUACCUACUGCUCAUCCUAGCAUCCAAGGCACAGCUAUCAUAACCCAGGUUCAUAGCUAGAAGGACCCGUGUUUUUAUUUCAUUUUCUAAGCACUUAACUGAAAAUAAAAGAAUAUUUAAAGGCUUUUCCAUUCUUUCAACAGUUUUGUACUUACAUUUUUAAUACCAUCUCCCCGCCCCUUUUCUAGUUGAUUGUCUCCAAAGUGUUGCUUUUUCUUACUGACAAUAAAAUGA